AUGAUCUUCCGUUUAUUCGGAGUUCCCGAAAUAAUCUUGACGGACAAUGGCUCUCAGUUUAUUUCCAAAGAGUUCAAAAAACUGCUUGAGGAUAAUCACGUUUCUCACUGGUUAACGCCUGCGUAUCACCCGCAGGUGAACAAUACUGAAAGAGUAAACCGGGUGAUUGUGACAGCGAUACGCGCAACACUGAAAAAGUCUCAUAACCAUUGGGCAGAUGAUAUCCAACAGAUAGCGGAUGCUAUCAGAACUUCUGUUCAUGAAUCAACCAAGUACACGCCAUAUUUCGUUGUAUUCGGUCGACAAAAAGUCUCCGAUGGUAGGGAGUAUUCCAGAAUCCGCGACAACCAUGUACCUCCGAUCGAGAAUGGACAGCAAACUGAAGUGAAGCGAAAGCAAUUGUUCGAGGAGAUCAAGCUGAACCUAAAAACGGCCUAUGCAAAGCACGCAAAGAGUUAUAACCUUAGGUCGAACGCGCAGUGUCCCGCCUACAAGGUCGGCGAAACGGUUUUAAAGCAGACCUUUGAUCAGUCGGAUAAAGGGAAGGGCUUUUGUAAAAAGUUGGCUCCCAAAUACGAGCCAGCGAAAGUGCGCAAAAUCUUGGGAUCGAACACUUACGAACUAGAAGAUCUGUCUGGGAAACGAAUCGGCGUUUUCUUCGCCAAUAAACUUAAGCGAAUGCAUGGGCUGAUAACCCAGUAA